AUGGCGACGCCAUCAAACAUGCUAUCAUAUUGGCAGGCUGUUCAUUGGACUAGUUUGGGGGCUGGCGCCGCGGCUGCGCUUUUUCUAUUGCUACACUCGUCUAUGUUUCAUCGCCCGAAGCGACGCAUGGCCGACCUGCUGCUAAGUGGUAUUGCAUUGGCGGACUUAACCUUUGUUGGGAUUGAGGCAAUAAAGCAAGCGCUACGAACAUCGUACUUGGCACGAUGUUGGCACGAAGAUGAAUAUCUGAAGGGUUUGCACUACACAACGAAGGACUUCAUCUUGACGCUUCUUUCGCGCUUUAGCUUCUUCAUGUCUUUCUACUGGACUGCAAACCUUUCGUUGCUUUUGAGACUCGGCAGUUUGGAGGCACUUCAUAUCAAAAGAAGUUUGCUGUUAUCGUCGCUAACUUCACUCGUUUACGGAUGUAUGCAUGCCCUCCUUCCCACCCUAAGUGAAAAAGGGUCGAGCGAUUUUGGGCUGGCGUAUACUGUCACUGCUGUACUCGUAUUUGUAAUGCAACUGACGCCCUUGUUGCUCAUUGUCGUCAAUCUUAGAGCCGUGAAAAAAUCUAGACUGAAUGCGUCCGUUCGAGGUCGAAACAUCAUUCGACGUCUAACCGGCUACUGCCUCUGUGCGAUUGUGUUCACACUACCGUAUGCAUUUGCAGUCAUCUUCUCCAGAAGCUGUGUAGGUGUUGGAGUUGUUGCGGAGACACUGACUUAUUUUAUCACCGUGACAAAUGCUCUGCUGUUUGGCACAAGUUUCAGCUGCUGUUGUUUCUGUGUUAAGGCAACUGAGACAGCACUGCCUGCACAUGAAGUCAAAUUGCGAUGUAGUGAUACGCCAUCAUCAUCGAUUGAUAUAUCCGCCGGCGUAAUGACAGAAGAAAGCGAGACGCCUGAUAGUACAGGAUAUACGGCACUUACUACUAAUGGCGUAUCCGAUUCUCGAGGUGGAUUACAUGUUGGAAGCCUUAAUGUUAUUUCUGAAAUGGUGACGGAUGAAGCUGCCGUGAAGAUUGGCGAGGGGUCCAGUUCGAAAGUGUACAAAGCACAGUGGUUAGGAAUUACUGUCGCGUUGAAGUGUUUGCGACUGUAUGCUGGUGACACUACUGAUACCUCAUUGUACAUGACGCAUCUGGCUGAGUUGCGUGCAGAAUUUCUCGAUGAAGCUGGGUUGGCUGCUCAGUUGCGCCAUCCAAACAUCACACUCUUCAUUAAACUUGGCACUUAUAAAAAAAGCUUGUGCCUCGUCAAUGAGUACUGCGCGCGUGGAUCACUACGAGAUGUGCUUCGGGCGAAUCCGCUCAUGGAGUGGAACACAAGGGUUCGUUUAGCCUUUGAAGCGGCAAAAGAUUUUGGGAUUGCACGGAUCGCCACAAAUUUUUCAGUACAAAAACAGGUCCUUUCACAACAACUAUCGGCGCAGUCGCUUUAUUCAUUGCAAUCGAUCAAUGAAAGUUUAUGUGUGGAGGAUAAUGCCGCUUCUGAGCUUACGACUUUUGCUGGUACUUGGCGUUGGAAUGCACCCGAAAUUAUGAAAAAUCCAAGUGAGUGCCAAUUUAAUCGCGAGACAGACAUGUACAGCUUCGGUAUGUCUUUGUGGGAAAUCUUAACAAACGGAGCUGUUCCAUUUGGCAAUGUCAAUUUUGAUCAUCAAGUGCGACAGCUGGUGGCAGCGGGUGAACGUCCUGCACUACCACCGGCUUAUUUGCGACAUGCACCGUCUGAGUUUAUCGAUAUCAUGUGUGCAUGCUGGCAUCAGCGGCCGCAUAAACGUCCUAGUGCUCAAAAUGUCAUGCUACAACUCGGAUCUUUGUCAAACUCAAUGUGGCAUAGCUCGGAUUAUUACUUUUCGUCGCAAGACACAGCACGUUUUGCUUAUAGUAGCAGCUACAGUCACGCGAUGGAUUCGAACCAGAGUUGCCCAAUAUUCUCGUAA